CCACCAGAGGCUACUAUGGCAUUCCCUCACCUGCAACAGCCCAGCUUCCUACUGGCUAGCCUGAAAGCUGACGCAAUAAAUAAGCCCUUUGCACAGCGGUGCCAAGACUUGGUUAAAGUCAUAGAAGAUUUUCCAGCAAAGGAGCUGCAUGCCAUCUUCCCAUGGCUGGUAGAGAGCAUUUUCGGCAGCUUGGACGGUGUUCUCAUCGGCUGGAACCUCCGCUCCUUACAGGGACGUGUGAGCCCUGUCGAAUACAGCAUUGCGAUGGAAUUUCUAGACCGGGGCCCCGUGAAGGCAUCCAUUCAGGAGCACGUGGUCCCUGAUAGCCCUCUAUACCACAAUAAGGUCCAGUUCCCUCCCACCGGGGGCCUCGGCCUGAACCUGGCCCCCAAUCCGUUCGAGUAUUACAUGUUCUUUUUCGCUUUGAGCCUCAUCACUCAAAAGCCACUCCCCGGGGCCCUCCAUGUUCGUACUUCAGACUGUGCCUAUUUCAUCCUGGUGGACAGGUAUCUAUCAUGGUUCCUGCCCACAGAAGGCAGCGUGCUCCCCCCACUCUCCUCCAGUCCCGGGGGGCCCAGCCCCUCACCAGCUCCCAGGACUCCAGCCAUGCCUUUUGCUUCCUAUGGCCUCCACCACACCAGUCUUCUGAAGCGACAUAUAUCUCAUCAGACAUCUGUGAACGCAGACCCUGCCUCCCAUGAGAUCUGGAGGUCGGAAACUCUACUCCAGGUUUUUGUUGAAAUGUGGCUUCAUCAUUAUUCCUUGGAGAUGUACCAAAAAAUGCAGUCCCCUCAUGCCAAGGAGUCAUUCACGCCCACCGAGGAGCACGUGCUGGUGGUGCGCCUGCUGGUCAAACACCUGCACGCCUUUUCCAACAGCCUGAAGCCCGAGCAGGUCUCGCCCUCCGCCCAUUCCCAUGCCACCAGCCCCCUGGAGGAAUUCAAACGGGCUGCUGUCCCGAGGUUCGUCCAGCAGAAGCUCUACCUCUUCCUGCAGCACUGCUUCGGCCACUGGCCCCUGGACGCGUCCUUCAGAGCCGUCCUGGAGAUGUGGUUAAGCUACCUGCAGCCCUGGAGGUACGCGCCUGAGAAGCAGCCUCAGGGUAGUGAUGGCCAGGCCCGCUUUGUGUCUGAGAGAUGGGCGCCCUUUGUGCAGGAGAACCUGCUGCUGUACACCAAGCUCUUCGUGGGCUUCCUGAGCCGCGCGCUGCGCACUGACCUGGUCAGCCCCAAGAACGCACUGAUGGUGUUCCGAGUGGCCAAAGUCUUUGCCCAGCCCAACCUGGCUGAGAUGAUCCAGAAAGGCGAGCAGCUCUUUCUGGAGCCCGAACUCGUCAUCGCCCACCGCCAGCACCGACUCUUCUCGGCUCCCACACUCACCGGCAGCUUCCUGUCAUCUUGGCCGCCGGCCUUCACCGACACCUCCUUCAAGGUGAAGAGCCAUGUCUACAGCCUGGAAGGCCAGGACUGCAAAUACACCCCGAUGUUCGGGCCAGAGGUCCGGACGCUGGUCUUGCGCCUGGCUCAGCUCAUCACGCAGGCCAAGCAGACAGCCAAGUCCAUCUCUGACCAGUGCAGGGAAAGCACAGCCAGUCGCCCUUUUCUGUCCUGGCUGGGCUUCUGCCUUUCGGACACAAACAGCUCCUACCCAGCCAAUGACCUGGACGACAUGGGGCAGGACAGCAUCCGCAAGACAGACGAGUACCUGGAGAAGGCCCUGGAGUACCUGUGCCAGAUGUUCCGACUCAGUGAGGCCCAGCUCGCCCAGCUCACUCUCGCCAUGGGAACAACUCAGGAUGAGAACGGCAAGAAGCAGCUCCCGGAUUGCAUCGUGGGUGAGGACGGACUCAUCCUCACCCCCCUGGGCCGGUACCAGAUCAUCAACGGGCUGCGGAAGUUUGACAUCGAGUACCAGGGGGACUCGGAACUGCAGCCCAUCCGAAGCUAUGAGAUUGCCAGCCUGGUCCGCUUGCUCUUCCGGCUGUCCUCCACCGUCAACCACAGGUUUGCAGGCCAGAUGAGAGCCCUGUGUUCCCGGGCUGACUUCCUCGGCAGCUUCUGUAGAUACCACCUCAUGGAGCCAGGGCUGACCGACAAGCACUUGCUGAGCCCCGUGGGGCAGGGGCGUGUGGCCAGCCGUGCCCGGGGCCCCAGGCUCAGCCUUCAUUUCCUGGGCAGCUACCGGACGCUGCUGUCACUGCUGCUGGCCUUCUUUGUGGCCUCUCUGUUCCGCAUCGGGCCCCUGCCCUUUGCCCUGCUCCUCGUGCUGGGCUACUUCCUCUACGCUGCGGCCAUGACACUGCUGACGGAGCAGGGCAAGCUGCACCAGCUCUGACCACAGCCAGCCUCUCCCCACACUGCCCCUCCCGUGUACCUGGGAGGCCACCUCCGCACCUGAGCCUGGUCACCGUCACGCUUCCAGGGAGCAUUUUCCUGUAGCCUCCGAACCGUUUGGAAGAGAAUGAAGGAGAAGGGCACACAGUCCAGACUUGGCCAGGAAGAGAGCAGCGUCCAGGGCCCAUGAGCUACGUGGGAUGGGGACAGACCGGGGCCGGCCACGGGCCUUCCUCCUCCCUCAGCCGGAGGCUCCACAAGAAGAUGGUCAAGGCUUUUCUCUUUUUAACUGUUUCAGGGUUUAGCCAUGCGAAGCCAAGGAGUCUGUGCUUCCGGGGGGC